AUGAGCGACGACUACAUGGAUGAAGACUACGGUUUUGUGAGUUCUUUCUUAAUCAUUUUCAUUCAAACGUUAAAGUUAAGUUCAAAAAAUUCAAUGCCUUUUUUCCAGGAAUACGAAGAUGACAGCGGCUCGGAACCGGACGUUGACAUGGAAAAUCAGUAUUAUAUCGCCAAACAGUUGAGAACUGAAAAAAAGCUGUCUGAAGCUCUCAUGGCGUUUGAGAAGGUUUUUUUCACUUGAAAAAAAAAAAUGUAAUACUGCCUUUUAGGUUUUAGAUUUGGAAACGGAGAAGGGUGAAUGGGGGUUCAAGGCGCUCAAGCAAAUGAUAAAGAUCACAUUUGAAACUGUAAGUGCCCAAAUGUUUUCAAUUCACUUUAAAUGAGUUUUAGAAUGAUUUGGAAUUAAUGUUGGAGUAUUAUCGCCGUCUACUCACCUAUAUUAAGUCAGCAGGUUCAGAAAUACAACUCAAAUAAGUGAAAAGAAUCAUUUUCCAGUGACCAAGAACUAUUCCGAAAAGUCAAUAAAUGGGAUUCUUGACCAUAUUUCAACGUCUCGUCGUAUGGAUCUGCUCCAACAUUUUUACGAAACGACACUUGACGCUCUCAAAGUUAGUUUUUUGUUCAUUUAAAGGCUCGAAUAGUCUUUAUAGGACGCGAAAAACGAACGUCUGUGGUUCAAAACGAAUACAAAGCUCGGCAAGCUGUUCUUCGAUUUACGAGAGUACGGAAAGUUAGAAAGGAUAUUGAAAGAACUGAAGAAAUCCUGCAAGGUUUCCGCUAAUUUUUUGUUGGUAUGAAAGAAAUUCCCAGGACGAUCAAGGGGAAGAAGAUCAGAGAAAAGGAACCCAACUUCUUGAAAUUUACGCACUUGAGAUUCAAAUGCACACGGAACAAAAGAACAACAAGGUUCGAACUUUUAACAAUCAAUUUCAUUAGCUUUUCCGUUUUUAAGGCCCUGAAAUCGGUUUACGAGCUUGCCAAGCAUGCGAUCCACACAAAGUCCGCAAUUCCUCAUCCUUUGAUUCUUGGAGUCAUUAGAGGUAAAUAAAUCGUGUUUUCCAAUGUCAAUCAGAAUAAAUAGAAUGCGGCGGUAAGAUGCACUUACGAGAAGGAAGAUUCGCCGAGGCACACACGGACUUUUUCGAAGCGUUCAAGGUAAAUUUUUGGCCGUUGGCUGGUCAGUCGCCUAAUGCAGAACUACGACGAAUCGGGCUCUCCAAGACGGACAACCUGCCUUAAGUACCUCGUGCUGGCCAACAUGCUCAUCAAGUCCGACAUCAACCCCUUUGAUAGUCAAGAAGCCAAGCCUUUCAAGGUCCGUUUUGCACGCUCCCUUUUCCAGUUCGGCUUUUGCAGAACGAGCCGGACAUUGUUGCGAUGACCAAAAUGGUACAAGCCUACCAGGACAAUGACAUUAAGGCUUUCGAAGAGAUUCUCUCACAACAUCAGUGAGUUUGCUCUUGAAAAACGUCAAAACACAAGAAGUUCAGAGAAAAUAUCAUGGCAGAUCCCUUCAUACGUGAACAUAUCGAGGAAUUGAUGAACAAUAUUCGAACUCAGGUACUUUUCUUUCUGGUUUUUUUCAGACGAAGAUUUUUGUUCAUAUUCAUACUCUCAACAUCAAAAAAUAAGCUAUCAAAUAUUGAUUUUUUUUUCCUCGACUAUCUUUUUUUAAACUGAGUUUCAAAGGUGCUGCUUCGUUUGAUUCGUCCCUACACAAAAGUUCGCAUUUCUUGGCUUUCCAAGAGGCUAAAGGUCUCGGAGAACGAAAUACAACGCCUUCUCGUAGAUGCUAUCCUGGAUGAAGGUUUGUUUUCCCUGUUUAUUUCGUGUUGAAAUUGAAAAUCUUGCUCUUAGAAAAGCCUAUUUAUAUCGCCCUUUCAUAUCCCUUUUCGCGGAAAACCCCUCGAAGGCAUAAAGACAGUAAAAAAUGGGGUUUGAGAUGAAUUUUUGAUUUUGUAGAGCUCUUUAUUGCGUGUCGAACAGUGUGCUUGAUAAUUUCCAGAACUAUUGGAAAAAAAUACUUGAAAAUUCGGGAAAAGUAUGGAUGCCAGCUAAAAGCGCGUUUUGCAGUAAAGUUGCUCUAUGGACAACAUAGUCAUUUUUCGCCUUUUUCAUCGUUGCUAUCAUAAUUUCAAUUUUAUCUGCUGUAAUCAAGGUUUUUUCCGCCUUGAAAGAUUCCUUAUUUUAUAGUUUAUGAAUUUUGAACGUAAAAAGGAAAAAUGGUGAUUUUCUACAUUUUUUUUGUGAAAUAGAUAUUUUGUGUCUCCUUCAUUAUCGCCGUGUGUAUUUUGUUUACCCAAACGGUUAUCCAGAGAGAACAACUCAGUUGCAAGUCUAAUGACACGUCCGCAACUUCGCGUAACUUUCUGUACACCAAAUUUCAAAAUUAAAGGGCGGGAGAAUGAAAUCGCGCCUUGCUUUGAAAGUAACCAUAUCUGUGAUUAUUCAAGAGAAGGCAAUAAAAAGCUUCGGGAGAUACUGCUUUCACCUAAACCCUGUUUUUUUACUGCCUUUAUGAGAUUUUUUUUACUUUUUCUCGAUGUACUCUGUCGCUUUGAGGGCUGGAAGCUCGAAUAAGUGAGGAGACGGGAAUGCUGUUGAUGUCGCCGGCCUGCAAGCAGGUCAAGCCUCAGUGCUCCGCCCAGCCUACCGCCAACACCUCCGCCGCCAGCCCGGUUCCUUCGACCAACGUAGUCUUUUUUUCAGUAAUUCGUAGAGCAUAGUAAAAUAGAAAGAAUAGAAAUUUUCGGAAGAUUUAUGAGUAGGAGACGUAGAAAAAAGGGGAACUUUACUUUUCUGAAUGUUUCCUCACUGUUUGAUUGCAGAAACAUAGUCCAUCCACAUCAACGGCGACAAGCGAACCGAAGCGACUGUCGGAGGUGAAGGAAGAGACGGCGAACGCUGUCGCGACGCUCGACAGCGGCUACGACGUCGGCGGCUCCCAACAGAAACUCUCCCACGGCGAGCUCCGCAACUGGGCCGACCAUCUUGCAGAUCUUCAGAAAAAACUCGUCCCUCGAUCCAAAUGAAUCCCGAUAUUCCCGAAAUAAUUAUAAAAUAUUCUCAAAAUUCUCUUUCAUCUUUUUAUAACACGAGUUUGAUCUCUCGUCUAUUUCCAUUUCAAACCUCUAAUCGAAAAAAAGUUUUUUUGUCUCUUAGGACAUGACUAAAGACCAGCAGGAUUUGAAGCGCGAACUGAGCGAGCUCAUCAGAAAACGUGCAGAAAUCGCGGUAACCAAGCUAUAGCUCGUGCCUGGGAAUUGAAUUCUAUGCUUUAGGAGACCCUUGAAGCUCUAGAAAAUCAGAUCUACAACUUUGAAGGCUCGUAUCUAGAAGAGACCGCAGACUAUGGCAACGUCAUCAAAGGUUUUUUUUUGUUGCAUUUUAUUAAAACGUAAUAAUUCGAGGUUGGAACAACUUCGCCUCGUCUUUGCCUCCCUCGAAAGCCGUCCGAGUCGAAAAGAAGGCCGGGAAGAAAGCUGCUAGGUAUUUUUUAUUCUUCUCGGUUUGUUCAACUCGUUUCGAAGCCCAUGAAAAUAUUACCGAACAGUAUUGUAAAUAUUAAGUGGAAUAGGUAGAAAACUUUUUUCAACUAGCUGAUUUUCUUCUUACCUACAGAACCUUCUGUUCGGUUGUUUCUCAAGUAUUUGAACAUAUUUCAACUUUUUUUUUUGUAGGUCUUUGAUUAUUCACGUUGUUAGGAUGACUAUCCUAGUUCAGAAAAUCGAAGCUUGCCUUUUUUAUCUCAGCUUCACAAAUGGAAAUGAUGAACUUAGAAACGAUCUUCAUGUCUCUUUUUCCAAUACGUCUUUUUUUCAAAUUUGUGUUUCUGAUAGUUUCUCCAUCACUUUUCAUGUUGUUGGCAUUUUAGUUUAAUAAUCAAAAGUAUUUUUUAAUAAGGCACCUUUUUUCUAGACCUUUUUCUGAAAAGGACCUUAUACGGAGGUAAAAAGUGAGGAUACGGAAAUGUGGAAAUUCCGAGAGAAAAAAAACAAACUUGAAACCUUUUUAGGAACUCGAAAUGUAGCUUUAGGCUCUUCUUUUUAAGGCCUUUUUGAGACCUUACGGACUUUGCCCAUAUACGGCGUCGACGUCUUAAUAUUUUUUUUUUCGUUAUGAUUUCCUGCAUCGAAUGAUCUGUUUUUCGUUGUUCUAUGUCUAUUAGGAAAAAAAGUUAUGCGUUUUUGAAGGACUUUUACACAACUUUUUCGCGGCUUUUAUAGCUUCAAAUCGGUUUAUCUCGAGUUCUAGCAGAUAUACGACGUCGACGCCUUAAUAUUUUUGUUCGUUAUGAUCCCAACGUCCAUUUUUCAUUUGAAAGAAACUUUUUCAGAAUCUCGGAGCGGCUUUUCUCUUCGAGCUCUCUGACGUCUCCGUCGGCCUUGAAGCAGUCCUCGGCGAGUUCGGCAGCUAACGGGAUCUCCUACCUGUUGACGCCAAAGGAAGAAAACUCGACGGCCGACGACGACGCGGUGCGCUCCUCGAGAAGAUUCCGUGUCAACUGACAUUUUUUGCAGAUGUCGGUUUCAAGCCGCGACCGGGAUCGCGACCGCAAGGCUCCCAAGCGGCGAUGA